GCAGCCCCUCACCCCACUUUUGGGGGCCAGGCUGCUGCCGGCUCCCCCUCUUCUCUCCUCCCUUACCGGGAGGAGUCGGACACCCGGUACCGGCGGGAUUGGCUGCGGUUCCGUGAUGCGGAGGGGUGGAACCGCAUUACCACCGGGAUGAGCGCGGCCGAGGGCCGGCCCCGGUGCCGGUGGGGCGGCGGCGAGGCGGUGCUCCGUGCCCGUGCUGAGGCCGCCGGUUACCGGAGGCUGCUGCGAGCCCGAGCCGCCGAGGUGGAGGCGUUGCGGGGGGCGGUGGGCGCGUUACACCGGCAGCUGGAGGGGCUGCGGGACCGGCGGAGCGGGGAGCUGGCCAAGUACCAGGAGCGGGUGGCGGAGCUGGAGCGGGAGAUCGGGGCGGCGGAGGCGGAGAUGGCCCGGUGCCUGCGGGAGUAUCCGGCACUGCUGCGGCUGCGGAUGGCGCUGGAGGCGGAGAUCGCCGCGUACCGGGAGAUGCUGGAGAGCGAGGAGCUGCGCCUGGGCGGCCUGGCCCCGCCGUGACCGGACCCCUGGAGCCCCGGUGCCACCACCGGACCCCGGCCCUGCCGUUACCACUGGACCCCCGGGAUCCUCAGCCCCACCACCGGACCCCGGUUCUUCCGCCGGACCCCAGACCCCCGACUUUGCGCCCCGGGCCACGGUUCCCUGGGCCCCUCUGGACUUCUCUGGACUCACGGAGCCCCAAUCCUUCUGCCCCCGGUUCCACGGGUCCCCUGGACUUCUGCGUGCCCGCCUGCCCGGGGCCCCGGGAGGGCAGCGCCCGUGGGGACACACAUUCACCAGCCUCUCGGGGGGUGUCCUGGCCCAGACCCGUGCGGAAACACCUCAAUAAAGCCCCGUGGCAUC